GCUCAAUCAGCUGGCCUCGGUUUUUUUUUUUUUUUCUUCUUCCAAGAUGGUGGCGCCCAGGUUACUCGGCAACCGGAGGCUUUGGGACAGCUGGACGUCCUUCUUCCUCCUGCAGCUCCUUCUCUCGGCGGUCGGGGCAAAGCAGGAGCCCAUCACGGCCGACUUCGAUGUCAGACCCGGCGGGAUGGUUCAUUCGUAUUCGCAAAACCUGGGAGAGGUUACCUGUGCUUUUACCUACGCGGCUCAGGGUGGGACGAACGAGUCCUCAGCUAGCGUCGGAGGACAAGACGAUGUCCCAUUAAAAGAGGAGGAAUUCUUGGUCACAGAGCAGGCAGUGUCUCACCGGGAGGGCAAAUUCAACUCCGAACUCUCCAAGUUGAUGAUCGUGGCCGAAAAAUCCCACGACGAGCUCUGAGCCCCGUCCACUCCACCCGUGGGAGAAGACCUGCGGUGGGACCUCGGGUUGCUCUUGGUGGGGGGAACUCUUUGCGGAUUCCGGGGCCCGCCCGAGCUCACCUUGAAGAAGAACACAUUUGGGGAAGAAACACAAGCCGCGCAUACGACCCUCGGAACUCGAGAGCUCCCUUCCACGGCGUUCUUCCCCGUGGCCUCGGUCGGUGUCGUGGGAUGCGUGAGAAGUGAACCAGGAUUACAGGAUUACCGCCUCUCAGAUCUGGUGCUGCAAAAAACUGAUCGCCUCGGAUCUGGCCGCCUCCCCUUGGAGCAGGAUUUCGCCCGAGAGAUUUGCAGAAAGUCGAUCCCUUUGCAGGAAUUGGUGCGCGCGUGUAAUCUGCUCCGAAAAGUUUCCUUCCCUCUCCCCUCCUCUUCCCCCAUAAAUUGUUUGAAUGGUCACACACACACACACCCCAAAAAUCUCCCCCCCCUCCCCCGUGGAGAUGGAGCAAUCGUAUGAAUAAAAACAGAUUUAUAUCCUUGA